GCCAAAUGCGUCGCGACAGGACGUCACCCAGUCCUGUUUUGGUGGUGCCACCGACUCUCCACAUUCCUGUAUUGAAGAGACUUCCUGUGAAGAGGAAAAAAAAUCAUCCCUUAUACACACGAAGGAUGCCAAAUUGUUUGUUAUUUGUCCAGCAGCAGUGUUUUGUGUGUGUGGUGACCUAAAAAGGACAUAAAAGUGCAAGGAUAAAAAACAUUUGGGUAUAUUAGUGGCAAAAAUUCUAGAUUAUAUUUAAUAGGAACGUUGAACUUGACCGUUGUUGUUGGAUAAAAGCUCAUUAUUGCGCUGUGGUGCUGAAGGGACGAAUUUAUCUACAUUUCAUGCAAUUAAUAAAACAUAAAUGUGAACAAAUAAUUAUACGUGGGAGACAUCAAUCUCCCAAUGAUUUUGGUCACUAUAACCAACCUCAUGUGGACACAUAACCAAUGAAAUAUGACGUGAUGAUAUUGGAUAUUAUGAAAGGUUUUACAAUUUAUGCUAUCAUCAUAUUUAUACCAGGUGUUAUCCUCACAGUUGGAUUGGCUGAUGAAUUCGCUGAGGAAUUCAAUUCGCAUAUUAGUAUUGAAACCACCACGUGGGUGUAUUCAUCAUCAUCACCCACAAGCUAUGCGGAUCCCUAUUUUGACCCGAUGACCCUCUCAAAUGUGACAGCCCUCGUUGGGAAAUCCGCUUAUCUCAAUUGUCGUGUUCGAAACUUGGGCAAUAAAACAGUUUCCUGGAUACGACAGCGAGACAUUCACAUCCUCACCGUGGGUAGCUAUGUAUACACGACAGACCAGAGGUUUCAAACUGUCUACCAUAGAGAAUCCGAUGAUUGGACACUGCAGAUUAAGUGGGUGCAGAAAAGGGAUGCCGGGGUGUAUGAGUGUCAAAUAUCAACACAGCCAAUACUCAGCUACUUCGUCUAUCUCAGUGUUGUAGUUCCAACGGCAACAAUUUUGGGAGCACCAGAUAUUCACGUGGAAAAGGGAAGCACCAUUAAUCUAACAUGUUCAAUUAAGUACAGUGCUGACCCACCUGCAUACAUAUUUUGGUUUCAUCACGAUGAGGUGAUUAACUACGACAGCAGUCGAGGAGGUGUCUCAGUGAUAACGGAGAAAGGUGAUGUCACCACGUCUCACUUGUUAAUACAAAAUGCCGACUUGGCGGAUUCUGGCAAAUAUUCCUGUUCUCCAUCAAAUGCAGAUGUUGCCAGUGUUAGAGUUCACGUGUUAAAUGUUCGGGCUAUAAUUUCAGGAGAACAUCCCGAAGCCAUGCAAACUGCCUCUGUGGGGCUAUCACGAAACUGGAUCAGCUACAUCCUGAUUCCCCUGGGGAUCUUCCUUGUCAACGUCAGCUACUCAUCAUCGAUUCCACAGCUCCGUGUUCGGAAUAUUUAGCACGGCGGGACUUCCAAUUGAAUAAAUUUAGGUGUACAAUAUUAUGCAGUGAAAUGUAUCAGUGUGAUGGGAAAUCAAAAGGAUUUCCCGAAAUGUUAUUUAACAAAAAAAAAGAAAAAGGAAAAUGUCUCCAUUAAGACACUAAAUCAAAAUAGCAAUAAUUUUUAACAUCAAAUAAAAUGCGAAAAUCGUCAAAAUUUC